CUCCAAUAAUUCUUUGUCUAUAUAUUUGUAGAUAUUGAAAUACACAUUAUUUGGGCAAAAUGAACAUCUUAUUUGUUUUAGCACGGUGUUAACAAAGUCAAUACUGACAAAAGUGUACAGCCGUACAGAGCUAUGGCUGGACUAGUUUCCACACUAGCAGUCAGCAUGUGGAGAGGCCGCUGGUCGAAGUAGUGUUAGCUUUAGCUACCUAUGCUACAAACCUCAAAUCAAACCACGCCGGCUUUGUAAUAAGGCUUUCAACUGUGUCAUACAAUACGUAGAGCAACGGUGACAAAGUUACGUACGCGGGGGUCGCUAACUACGCGCCCUGCCAACAUGCAGAUCUUCGUGAAGACACUGACUGGCAAGACCAUCACCCUCGAGGUCGAGCCCAGUGACACCAUCGAAAAUGUCAAGGCAAAGAUCCAAGAUAAAGAAGGAAUCCCCCCUGAUCAGCAGCGUCUGAUCUUCGCUGGCAAACAGUUGGAAGAUGGACGCACUCUCUCUGACUACAACAUUCAGAAAGAAUCCACUCUUCAUCUGGUCCUGCGUCUCCGCGGUGGCAUCAUCGAGCCUUCCCUCAGACAGCUGGCUCAGAAAUACAACUGCGACAAGAUGAUCUGCCGCAAGUGCUAUGCCCGUCUGCACCCACGUGCUGUCAACUGCCGCAAGAAGAAGUGUGGACACACCAACAACCUUCGCCCUAAAAAGAAGCUGAAGUAGACAUUUGUACCAGUAUCAACUGUGCGUGCCACAUUGCUAAAUAAAUUCAAGAAAACUCCC